UUGGCUUCUGAGUGCUAUUUAAGACAAAUUUAUCUUCCAGAAAAUGAAAUUUUUUUCAGCAAUCAUACCCAUUUGGCCCAAUCAUCAACAAGCCGUCGCUCGGAGCACGGCCGAACACUCCAGUACGAUCCGAACACUCCAACACUCCGAACACUAUUACAGCCUCCUCCGCUACACAGCCCUGAAGUAACUUGGCUUCCUGUGCUACCGCAUGAAAAGAUCCCUAAAAAUAUGAAGUGCCCAAUGAGAUGUGCAAUAUGUAACAGAGUUUUUGGACAAUGUCAUAUGGUGGCUCACGAGCGCACUCACACUGGCGAGCGGCCUUUCCGAUGUCCGAUCUGCUUUAGACGUUUUUCAAUGAAAGCUAACAUGAAAAUGCAUGUGAUGAGUGUGCAUGGGAUCAGUGAUCCACAUGAAAUGGAACUUCUGACUGAGUCAGCCAUUAUGGAACCCCAGCAUCCAUAAAU